AUGGCGGAAGUGGCACCGGCUGCUCCUGUUGAAUCGCAGGCAAAACACAUCCUGUACUGUGGGGUCUGUACACUUCCUCCAGAGUACUGUGAGUUCGGUGGUACGGCGAAAAAAUGCGAAGAGUGGUUGAAAGAUCAUCAUCCGGAUGCAUACCAAGCGCUAUAUUCCGAAGGUUUGCGGCCUUGCUUACCCGUCGCCGCUGGUGAUGCCCUGAGUUCUAAUCUAUCCUCCCUCUCGGUAUCGGCUCGCGAACGGGCGGCGAAGGAUGCGGCGAAGAAAGAGGCAAAAGCUGCUGCUGCGGAGGCACGCGACGCCGAGCGGAAGGCUGCUUCCAAAGUACAGAUCAAACGUGUGGAGCGCAACAAACGUAAACAUGUCACGGUCAUUACGGGUCUUGAUGUCUACGGGCUAGAGAACAAAAAGUUGGCAAAGGAUCUCGGCAAGAAGUUUGCAACUGGCUCUUCUAUGACUCGGUCCGCUGCUGGGACCGAGGAGAUUACGGUACAGGGCGAUGUGAGCGAGGAUGUUAAGGAGUGGCUAUUGGAGGUGUAUGGCAAGGAGAUCCCUGAAGCCAACAUUGAGCUUAUCGAGGAUAAAAAGAAAAAGAGCAGCAGCAGCACCUGAUCAACGAUGGACCAUACGCAUAGCAUACUCUACAAUUUCUAUGUUGAGGAUGGGGGGAACCUAAGUACUU